GUAUACUUGAGCUGGGCAAUGAGAAUCAAACACUAUAUUGUUAUAAUGGUACAAAGUUCUCAAAGUCUAAGUAUGAAUUACCUGUCGUUGCAUUUCAUUGGCCCUUUCCAUUUCCCUCUACAACAUGUGUCGCUGCCAAGCGAAAGCUAAUGUGUGACAUAAUGGAAGGACCAACAAACAUAACAUACAUACCCGACAAAUUGCCAAUGUCAUUUCUCGAGGCAUUCUGUGUGAUAAAUAGAAAUUCUAGAGCAACACAUAGCUUAAAGUGCAAUGUGAAAUAUGAUUCUCAGUAUUCAAUAUUCAGAGCCCACUGGCCACAUAUCUCACCACCAGGGAAUUGCAUUUUAAUAACUUCCAGUAGCAGCAUUAGGUUGUCAUGUGCUGUUCAAAAUUCAAGUACAUAUGUUGAGACACCCUGGCCAUUUUCAUCACCGCCAAUGUCUUGUGAAUUAAAAGGAAGGUCCCUGCUCAACCAGACAUUACAGUGUAUGGUAAAAAACUCCAAAAGUACACUGCUCAAGACUCCAUGGUUAUUUGAUUUUCUUCCGACGCCAUGCAUGUUACAGCACAACAUGCGCAACAUUUUCUGUUGUCCUCCAUUUAAUAAGGGUUACACUACAUUUACUAGACAAGUAGAAUUCAUCAUCGGAUUUUGGACUUCACUUUUUGUUUGUCUAUUCGGUCUGAUAGGGAGUGUACUCUCUUUUCUUGUUCUAUCCACAAGUCAGAUUCAUUCCAGUAUUGUUAUCCUAAAGGGUGUCUCUGUUUGUGACGGAAGCUUUUGUUUGUGGUAUCUGACUUUUGAACUUUACAAAAACAUUUACUAUGGUAAAAGAAAUUGGAUACUGAAUCAUGGCAGUGAGUCAGUCCAUGUACUUCCUUGGGUUAACCCAUAUAUAGAAGAAAUAGAAUCAAUAUUGAUUCAUAUUUCAAUAUGGUUUAUAGUUCUCUUAACAGCAAACAGAUUUGUAAUAGUAUGCAAACCUAUGAAAGCAAAGAUAUUGUGUACCAUACGCAGGACUACUAUUUCAAUGAUUCUCUUGGUAAUAGUUUGUCUUGGUUCAUCUGUUCCCUCAUUUCUAAUGGUGGAGCCUUACUGGUCUAAGAGUUGGUGCAGUGAAGAAAGAUGGGUGGAAGAAAAAUACACAAAGUUAGGAGGUUCUCCCAUGUUUUUGAAAAUAUAUGUGAUAUGUUUCAAGCCAUUGGUUUUCCAUAUCCUGCCCACGGUAUCAGUGAUUAUGAUGACAAUAGCAAUUUUAGUUUCAUUAAAGAAAGCUUCCAAAAAGCGGGCCGAAAUGAGGGGAACUGGUGUUACAACAGCAUCAAAGAAUGAAGAUAAAUUAACAAGACUUUUCAUAGCUGUAGCAGUUAUGUUUUUGUGUUUUGUUAUGCCAAGAGUAGUUGCAGACAUUAUGAGAGCUCAAGAUUUGCUCUUUUUCCCAACUUCCUUCCAAGAUCCAACUGGUUUUAUUGACUCUAUGAAGAAUAAUAACAAAACCAUAUACCUUCACAUUGUUUCUAAUUUGUGCUUACGGUUGAAUGCAUCUCUAAACUUUGUAUUGUACAUCCUGGUAAACAAGGAAUUUCGUGAAAAUCUUUGCCACUUACCAAACAGACUGAUAUGUAGAUGUUAUAAACAUAAACGCCAAAGACUCCGAUCUAGAAUUAAUGGAUCACCAUAUGCAAGCAGGCACCAUAUGGUAACAACACAAAUUUAAAAUGUUGACUAUAUCUAGUUGACAACCUCCAUGAGUUUUUGCAUAGCGAUGUUACAAAUUUUAAAAAUUUGUCCUGUGCAACAUGAAUAUGGAAACAGUCCAUCAUAUAUAUCACUCAUCCUAGUAUUCCGUGAUUCCGCGUCGCCGCAGAAAAACCGCAGAAAUUUGCAUUUUCAUUUUUUUUGCAGAAUUUUUGUUUUGGCACGGAAUUUCGCGGAAAACAUGAUUUUUCCAGUCAACCAUCUCAUCUCAUAUUUGUCACUCACCUAAACACCCAAAGACUCCGCUCGUUUGUUGUCAGAUACUUGUGUUUUGUCAGAUUUUCAAGAGGAAAUCUGAAAUCUGUUUUAAAUUCUCGAACUUCCGCCUUUGCACUUAGAGGUAAGACUGCGUCUAACAUAAUCACGAAAUUUGAAACCGAUGACUGUCCCUCGUAAUUGUUUUGCAAUAAUAUGUCUAAUAUUGUAUUCUUUUGUAUUCUAACGCAAUAAAUCAUG